AUGGCAACCCCGACAGUCGUCUUGUUGCCCGUCUGGGGCGUCGGCCACCUUAUGUCCAUGCUCGACGCCGGCAAGCGGCUGCUUGCCCGCAGCGGCGGCGGCCUGUCGCUCACGGUGCUGGUAAUGCAGGCGCCCACCGAGAAUUACAGGUCCGACGUCGCCGGCCACAUACGCCGUGAGGAAGCGUCUGGUCUGGACAUUCGGUUCCACCAUCUUCCCGCCGUCGAGCCCCCGACGGACUACGUGGGCGCCGAGGAUUUCAUCUCCCGUUUUGUGGAGCUCCACGCGGCCCAUGUGAAGGCGGCCAUAUCCCGGCUGACGUGCCCGGUGGCCACGCUGGUAAUCGACUUCUUCUGCACGACGCUGCUCGACGCGUCCCGCGAGCUCGCCGUGCCAUCUUACGUCUACUUCACCGCCAGCGCCGCCAUGUACGCGCUCUUCUUGCGCCUGCCGGGGCUCCAGGAGGAGGUCGCCGGCGAGUUCGAGGAGAUGGAAGGCAUGGUGGACGUGCCUGGGCUGCCGCCCGUACCGCCGUCAGCCCUCCCGUCGCCGCUGAUGGACAAGAAGACGCCGCGCUACACAUGGUUCGUGUACCACGGCCGGCGUUUCAUGGAAGCCCGGGGCGUCAUCAUUAACACGGCUAGGGAGCUGGAGCAGAGCGUUCUUGCUGCCAUCGCUGACGGCCGGUGCACGCACGGAAUCGGAAUCCCUGCCCCGGCGGUCUAUCCAAUAGGCCCCGUGGUCUCCUUCAACCCGCCAGCGGAGCAGCCGCACGAGUGCGUGCGGUGGCUCGACGCGCAGCCUCCAGCAUCCGUGGUACUCCUCUGUUUCGGCGGCGGAGGGUUCGCCACCGCGACGCAGGCGCAUGAGAUAGCCCACGGGCUGGAGCGCAGCGGGCACCGCUUCCUGUGGGUGCUGCGUGGCCCGCCGGCUGCCGGCACGCGACAACCCUCGGACGCGAACCUCGUGGAGCUGCUCCCGGAGGGGUUCUUGGAGAGGACAAAGGAGAAGGGCAUGGUGUGGCCGACGAGGGCGCCGCAGAAGGAGAUACUCGCCCACGCCGCCGUGGGCGGCUUCGUGACGCACGGCGGGUGGAACUCCAUCCUGGAGAGCCUGUGGUUCGGAGUGCCGAUGGUGCCGUGGCCGCUCUACGCCGAGCAGCACCUGAACGCGUUCACUCUGGUCGCCUACAUGGGCGUGGCCGUGGCCAUGGAGGUGGACAGGAAGAGGAACAAUUUCGUCGUGGGCUCGGAGCUGGAACGAGCAGUGAAGGCGCUCAUGGACGGCGACUCUGACGAAGGGAGGAAGGCGAGAGAGAAGUGCACGGAGAUGAAGGCUGCCUGCAGGAAGGCCGUCGAGGAGGCAGGAUCCUCCAACUCUGCACUGUGCAGGCUCUCCGAGGAUAUGCGCGAAGGCGCAGUGCGUAAGAAUAUGUAAUGUGAAGGCCGAACACUUUCUUUAUGCAGUGAUGCAGGAGCAGGACGAAGAUGAACUUGGAGACCUUGAGUUUUUUCU